CGAGCUAUUCACAAUCUCCGCCGAGACACCUUGACACGAUGACCACCAGAGCCUGGGCACAGCCCGUGCCUGUCGUCCCCGGCCACUUCCUCCACUAGUCACCUCUCGCCACAGCUACAGAUACAACCAGCCUCUGCACUGAUCACUAGCUCACGCAACAACACACACACUGUCAACAACACAACGACAUGCCACUAGUCGACAACCGCAUCCCUGGCUACAAUGUCUCCCCCGGUUGGUACCUCCAUUCUAUCGACAGGAAGUUCCCCAUCGCAUUCUACGACUGGCAUAUGAACCUUGCCACCGUUCGCGAGCGAGCACUGUACUGGUUUAUCAACGAGGCGACGGAUGAGGAGGACUGGGAAGCCAAGCUCCACCCGACCAACACACUCCGAGCAAAGAUGGCCAAAGCACUGGGCAGAGGAGCGGACGCGCGCUGGGACGGCACCACGGUCGCUCGGUGGCGAGAGCGAGUGGCUCAGGGGAUAACGGACGACCUCAAGUUCCUCAAGCACGGGUUCUCAGACGCCAUGUUCGACCACUGCCUCCGCGAGUUGAAGUUCAAGGCCGAGGAGUAUCAGCGGUCUGGCAUCGUGGCCGUGUUUGACGGCGCCGGCGUAGUUUUCAAGUCCGACCGUGCAGUUUCUCCUACGCUGCACGCGCGCCUUCUUGACUCCAUUAAGCCAUUUGCAAACAUUCCCGAGGAAGACAAGGACUGGCAUCCCGGUAGCCGUGGCACUGUCCACGUCCUCGUCAACCCCUCACUCUGGCCCCUGGUCUACGGCAAAACACGCAUCGUCGCUGAUCAGGAACUUGACGUCAACAACUGUCUUGCGUUCUAUGGCUUAGGCAACCACACGGCCGAGGUUUCAGACCGUGGCAAGCGCACGGAGUUUUCGCGCGAGUUCCAAUGGCUUCCAGCUGUUGUCGAUGUUGCCACUGGCAAAGCACGAAUCGUGUCAUACAUCAACAACCUCCACCCUGUUGAACACCGUGACCUGUACGGUGUGGUUGAAGAGCUCAUCGAUGCGGCACUGCCCAUGUGGUCAGCAGUCUAUUCAAGGGUCAUACGUUGGGAGCAGAACUGGGAAUCCAAUGCCUCCUCCAAACGUGACAACUACAAUAGGCGCAUAAUGGCACUUGGUAAUCGCAUUAGAGCAACCGACGGUCGCCUCAAGUGUAUGAACCCUGCGUACUGCAACCAACAAGGAUGGUGUAGCCCUGAUGUCGAGGACGCCUGGUCUCAACCACCGCGGGACAAGUGUGAUUCAACUUCAACCUAUGACCCGUCGGCAGAGUUGCCUCAACAGCCUCGACCUAGCCACCGUGUGACGCACGCUGAGCCAUCUGGUCGAGAGGGCUUCGGGAGGACAAACUACGCCAACCGCAGUGGAACGACACAAUGGUUCAAGCCGUACACGGACACCUCUCGUCUCCAAGUCAUCGUCCAGUUAGCCAACAUCGAGCUCACCCCUGAGAAUCCAGAGUACCAUGGCGGUGAUUGGCAUGUCGAAGGGCUACUCAAUGAGCGGAUCUGUGCCACAGCUCUGUACUACUACGACAGCGACAACGUAACGCCAAGCCGGCUUUCGUUCAGCUCCUCGAACCCCUGGCAGACACUUGGGUCGUACGAAGAUACAGCCUACAAGACGAUCUACGGUUCAGACGGAAUCCUCAUAGACCUCGGCAGCGUGCUGACACGUGAGGGCCGUCUCCUCGUCUUUCCCAACGUCUUCCUACACAAGGUUGAGCCGUUCACGCUGCUUGACAAGACACGACCAGGCCAUCGUAAACUGGUGGCACUCUUCCUAGUCGACCCAGCCAUGCCUAUCCUCUCAACUGCCAACGUACUACCUCAGCAAAAGCACUGGAGUCCUGUUUCUGGUGCCCUCCGUCCGCGACUGCCGCAAGAGCUGGUCGACGAGAUUGAAAGUCACUUUGAUGGGCCUUUCGACCGCGCCGAAGCCCUCAGACUUCGGGAUGACCUCAUCGCAGAGCGCAGAAUCGAGGGAUGGGCACGGUUUCCCAAUUCCAAGAUGUCAGCUGGGCGGAUUGUGCGCGUCAGCUGACAACCGGUCUGCACCAGUGCGGCCCGGGGCAGUACAUAAGAAGGAGGAGGCAGAAAAUGCCGGAUAUGCCCCGAAAUCGUUGUCACCGAGGAAGUGUGUCCCCAUCAUGGAGCGCCCCAUCGAAAACAUCACUGCCAGACUAUUCAUGCUCUCCAAAGGUACACAAAUGUGUCCCAAGUUUACUCCACAAGCCAACUCGUCUGAUCCCGCUAACCACCGCCUCCAAACCGUGAAGCUAUGCCCUGCUUAAGCCGCGCACUCAAGGCUGGAGAGCCAGACACCGACGUAGGGGCCGAGGUGGACAGCCACGUCGAGGUACUGAGCAAAGUUGGCCACGGCGCCUACGAUGCCGAGACCAUCCUGGCACGACUGGUUCUCCUGACCGGGGCAGGCACGGUACUGGCUGCCGCCAGGUGUGACGAUCCAGAUCUCGUUGGACGACUGCUGGAAGCCCCAGUCGGCGGGAGGGAGCUGGGGGACGACGUCGUUGUUGUUGACCAUGUGCUGGGCGCGGUUUCCGAGCUACGAGCACGGACGUCAGAGCGAGCUCAACCAGGCUGACCAAACUCACCGUCGAGUCAACGUAGUUGGCCCACGCCUGGUUUCCAACACGGGGCGAGGCAAAGAGGCGAGCCGUCACGGUCGCGCGCGAGCCGAGCAGCUUCUGAAGGUAGGUGGCGACGAGGUGGCCCUGAGCGCCGCCAAGCGAGUGGCCGACAACGAGGACCUGGUUGGUGCCGCUGUUGACGGCGUUCUGCACCGCGGGGGCAAUGCCACCCGCCAUGCGGGUGAAGGCGCCGUAGAAUCCCUCGUGAACCUGAACACCGCUAGCCGAAGGGAAGUACUUGGAGUCGACGUUGGUGAGGGGGAAGUCGAUGUCGACGCCGACGGAGGACACCGAGGCGGGGUUAGUGCCGGCGAUCGAGACAAUGACAUGGGAACCGUUGGUUCCGACGUAGUCUGCGCGAGCAGUGUCAGUUGGGAGUGCGGAGGCUCGUGACGCCGCUCACAGUAUGGGUUGUAACCAUUGUCGCCGCCAGUCGCGAGGACGUUGAGCUGGCCCGUUGAGUCACACAUAGUGGGCCAGCGGCUUCCAGGCAGCCACGACGUCGGCGCUGAGCGUCCAGGCGCCGCCGCGCUCCUCGAUGGGAGCGGCGGUAGCACGCUCGACCGGUGCAGCGGUCGCAAGGCCAGCAGCAGCAGCGAGGGCGAGGAAGGUGGUGCGGAGCAUGUUGCGCUGGGAGAGCCCAGCAGCCCGACUUUAUACCCCUGGAGUCUCCACUCGACCCCACCUAGCUACCCCUUGGAGUCUCCGGAUCUGUGGGCCACCCGAUCCGGUCUGUCUCAGUCUCACAACCUAUUCUCGUCCCAGCAGCGCGAGAGCAAGCGAGGGGGAGGAGGCCAAGAUGCCAACCGGCCGAGGAAGACAAGGUCAGAAGCGGAGUGUGUAAGCACAUUGGCAUUCGCAGAGGAAUCGCGGCUUUCCGGACGACGUCGACGAGGAUGCGAGCAGAGGGUGUGGCCAGCGACAAAAGCAAGAGGUGACAACCCACCUGCAAUUGGACCUCAGUGCGAGCGACAGAGGCGAUUGAAACCGGGCGUACCCACCGGUGGUGGGCAGGUGCCAGGGCGAAACGCAGGGGUUCUGGCCUGCGCGCUCCGCUAAAUCUGGAACUGGAAAGUGGCUGUGGUCAGCUGGUCGGUCGCGAGCGCGUGCGCAAGCGCACGCGCGCUCACCACCAAUAGCGAGCACGCCGCUCGCCUCGCCGCACGACUAGCGCAGCCACCGGCCGUCGUCGUACCCGGGGACCCCGAGUCAACAGGACACAUCCACCACCAGCAGCACAGCGCGUCCUCCUCGCUAGGCGAGGCGAGGCGAGGGGAGGGACGUGCGACGACGCGCGCGCGCGCACCUGCGCGCCGAGCUCGGACCGUCGUCGCCUGGUCGCGUGAGCGCGUGCCGGAUGACGUACUCUACGCGCUCUACGCUUGUCUUCGCCGCGGGCGGCCAAGCCAUCACUGGCUUCCUUCCUUCUGCGAGGAGAAGACUGUCCUCGUCAACCAACGUGACUACAUCCACAGUCUUCUCCACAUUCCCCCGAUCGAGCCAACAACGCGCUCCGAGAUCUUCGGAGCCAGCGACGCCGCGACGUAUUUUCGUCGGCAGGGGCUUGGCACCCACCGCUGCUCGCAGCCGGAUAUCCCCACGAAACGCAGAAACGCACCUCCUCACCGCCCCGAUCCCGAUGCUCGCACUCAUUCUCCCCACAACCGCCGGCUUACUCACCCCCUCCCUCGACGGCCAGGCUCGCCCGUCGCUUCACCUCGCGGUGGCACGUUUGCUCAACGCGGUCAGUCGCCGGCGUCGCAAACCCGAACGUUUGUGUCCGACCAGCCACCGCGCGCAGCAAGCCGCCCGCUAGCGAGCCAUGGUCGGUCGGCUGGCGCCGACUAGCCGGCUCGUGGGCUAUUACUGGCACGGGGACCGGCUUGGCUCCACCAAACAGCCCAGCGCACCCAGCACCCAGCUGGCCGCCGGCGCCUGCAGGCCGCACGAGGCAUCGAUCGUGGCCGUGGUCACGAGUGGCACGUUCGCCUGCUGCGCAGCGCCGACAGUGGCGAUGGGGCCGCCGUCGUCGUCGCCUGGAUGAAACGUGUCUGUCUGAGCGCCGUGGGGGUAUAUAAGCCGUGCUGAACAGCGGGCUGUCAGAGCACCAACUGAUCUGAUCUCGCCUGACAUGAAGCUCGUUGCUACCGGCACUGCCUUCCUCGCCUCGCUCUCGCUCGCCCUCGCGGCCCCGGCACCCGUGGAGCUCGCCGAGCGCAGCUCGGUCGGCGUCAGCCCCGCCGUCGUCAACACCUGGGCCCCGCUGGCUCAGUACGCAACCGCGGCGUACUGUGGCGGCGAUGUCUGGUCGUGGACUUGUGGCGGUCCCUGCAACUCGGUCGCCCGUCCCACUGUCCUCGCGCAGGGAGGAGAUGCCAAGGCCACCCCGUACUUCUACGUCGCCAACAACGGCUCGCACAUCAUCGUGUCCAUCUCGGGCACCAACACGCGCUCGAUCCUGUCGCUCGCCGACGACCUCGAGUUCACCUUCACCACCCCGUCGUCGAGCUACUUCCCCAACGCUGCCGGCGUCUCGGUCCACCACGGCUUCUACAACACGUUCACCCGCGUCGCCGGCACCGUCGGCCCUGUCGUUCAGAACGCCGUCAACAACGGCGCCACCCAGGUCAUUGUCACCGGUCACUCGCUCGGCUCGGCGGUCGGCCACCUCACGGCGACCUACCUCCAGCGCCUCCUGGGCAGCAGCGCCACGGUCUACGCCAGGCUCUUCGCAUCGCCCAGGGUCGGCAACCAGGCGUGGGCCGACUAUGUCGACGCGACGCUCGGUAGCCGCGCUCAGCACAUGAUCAACUACAACGACCUGAUCCCGACCCUCCCGCCGCGCUCGUUUGGCUUCCGCCAGUCGAGCAACGAGGUCUGGAUCUCAAACGCCGCCGGCACCUCGUAUGUCGCUUGCCCUGGCCAGGAGAACACGUCUUGCCAGGACAGCAUGGGCCUCACUGCCGACAUUGCCAAGUUUAUCGAGUACCUCGACUUUGGCGCCCACUCGGGCCCAUACGCUGGUGUCAAGGUGACGAGUGCUGCUUGCGCCUAGGUGGCUCUGGUUAGAAAAGAACAAGGGCGAGGGCUGAUCCUCGAGUAAUUAAUUAUAGGCUAGCAGGUAUAGCAGAUGACAC